UCAGUCCGGAUUCCACGAGGUAAAAGUUGCAAAACACAACUAUACUUCACUUUCGCACUCGUGUUAUAAUCCCACCUAACCACAAACACAGAACCAUAACACAGAGUGAGAGAGAAAAAGGGGAAAAACCUUAGCAGACCGCGAAAGCCAUUUUUCUCGUAAACGUCGAAAACCUAACUUCUCUCUCGAUCUUGAUCUAAUUAUUAUAUCUCGAAGUGAUGGCCUGUGCAAACCUUGUAAAGCUAAACGCAGCGUCGUCUUCAUGGAUCGGCCAAAAGUCACCUUUCGGCCAGCGAUCUCAGGGAUCCUCAACUCGCCGAGUCUCCUUUUCGAUCCGUGCCAACUCUUACACUGACGAGCUCGUCCAAACCGCUAAAACUAUUGCAUCACCUGGUCGUGGUAUCCUUGCCAUAGACGAAUCAAAUGCAACCUGCGGGAAGAGGUUGGCAUCUAUUGGCUUGGAUAACACCGAAACCAACCGACAAGCAUACAGACAACUUUUAUUGACUACUCCUGGUCUUGGCGAGUAUAUUUCUGGUGCCAUUCUUUUCGAGGAGACACUUUACCAGUCUACAACUGAUGGAAAGAAGUUCGUGGAUUGCCUGCGUGAUGAGAACAUUGUACCUGGCAUCAAAGUUGACAAGGGUUUAGUCCCCCUACCAGGUUCAAACAACGAGUCUUGGUGCCAAGGUUUGGAUGGAUUGGCUUCAAGAUCUGCCGAAUAUUACAAGCAAGGUGCACGUUUUGCUAAGUGGAGAACUGUUGUCAGCAUUCCCUGUGGCCCUUCUGCUCUGGCUGUCAAGGAAGCUGCAUGGGGACUUGCACGAUAUGCUGCCAUUUCUCAGGAUAACGGUCUUGUGCCCAUAGUUGAGCCUGAGAUUCUACUUGAUGGGGACCAUCCAAUUGACAGGACCCUUGAAGUUGCUGAGAAGGUCUGGUCAGAAGUCUUUUACUAUUUGGCUGAAAACAAUGUUGUGUUUGAGGGCAUCCUACUUAAGCCUAGCAUGGUAACGCCAGGGGCUGAACACAAGGAGAAGGCAUCAGCAGAUACCAUAGCCAAAUAUACACUAACGAUGCUUAAAAGGAGAGUACCUCCUGCAGUUCCUGGUAUCAUGUUUUUGUCUGGAGGGCAAUCUGAAGUGCAAGCAACCCUCAACCUCAAUGCAAUGAACCAAAGCCCCAACCCAUGGCAUGUUUCCUUCUCAUAUGCACGUGCACUGCAGAACACCGUGCUCAAGACAUGGCAAGGACGCCCUGAUAACGUGGAAGCUGCGCAGAAGUCACUUUUGGUGCGUGCCAAGGCUAACUCCUUGGCUCAGCUUGGAAGGUAUUCUGCCGAGGGUGAAAGCGAGGAAGCUAAGAAGGGAAUGUUCGUAAAGGGCUAUACCUAUUGAGCAGCAUUAAUCAAAACUAGUACUCCUUGCCCCCAAAUAAUAUGUAAUUUCGCCUUUUGUAUUGUUCCUUGUUAAUUGCUAGCUAUGCAAGCUGAGAAGUUAUAGCAUUAGAUGAUAAGCUUCUUUGUUUAUUUCUUAUGUGGCUAACGCCAGAGAGAUUGAAUAAUAUCGUUGCGAAAGGAAAACUUUUGCCAACUUCGAUCA